AAUGCAUUUAGAAUUUCAGUUAACCUUUUGUGUAAAAUAGUAUAGUUGUGCCAACUCCUACCAAAUAAAAAUAGCUAGUCUGCCAAACACUACUACUAGCAAACAUUGGGACAAAUUUUGGAGGAAAAAGAAUUCAAGAAAAAUUGAAAAAAAUUUGAAAUAGGAAAGUAUGUUCGCAUAGUGAAAGCUUUAGUGCACCGAACUAAGACGGUAGAACCAGGUCCCAGCAGUAAUUAUCCCCCAUUGACGUCGACGAAUGACGACUGCAGCCCUCGAUCAGCCAAUAUAUAUACAUCAGAAAAGCAACUCCAAAUGAUACAAUUAGGAAGCUAAUCCAUUUUCUUUUCUCUUUGAGUAACGCAGAGAACUUAACCAUAAUCAUACUACAGCUGAUAAUUUUUUUUAAUCAUUUCUGUGUGGACAAACAAGAAGAGUACUGAAAAUGGGAGAAACCGGGGGAGAAGCUUCAGCAAUAUCAUUUCCAGCUUUAACAAUUCCACCACGGCCCUCGUACGAAUCCUUUUUUAACAUGUCCUCUUUCAGCCCAGGUCCAAUGUCCUUAGUUUCCAGUUUCUUAUCCGAACAGAGCCCUGAUUCUGCAGACCGUCCUUCUUUCUCCCAGCUUCUUGCUGGAGUCAUCGCUUCACCGACACUUUUGCCCGAUGAUUCUGGAGAUCCUUCAGGGUCUGAAAAGAGCACUGGGUAUAGGAAGAAUCGACCGAUGAAUUUGGCGUUGGCUCAAUCUCCUUUGUUCAUGAUUCCCUCUGGUUUCAGUCCUUCUGGGUUCCUUAAUUCUCCUGGAUUUCUUUCCCCACUCCAGAGUCCCUUUGGAAUGUCCCAUCAGCAGGCUCUAGCACAUGUUACUGCACAGGCUGAAUGUUCUAGUUCAUACAUGCAAAUGCAAGCCGAAGAUCAGUGUUCCGCUCAGGUGGCUUCAGCAGAAGCAGCAUUAGGAAAUGAGUUGUUGACUGAUCCAAAGGAAUCUUCUUUGCAGAUAAAGGAAUGUUUGCAGCCUAGAUUGGAUAAGAAACCAUCAGACAAGCAGGGUAAGCAAUUUGAACUGACGGAGGUUCCUCAAUUUGAGAACAAGACAUCCUUUGGUGCUUUCGACAAGUCAGCUUGUGAUGGUUAUAACUGGAGAAAAUAUGGCCAGAAAAAGGUUAAGGCUACUGAAUGCCCUCGGAGCUACUAUAAGUGCACGCAUCUCAAAUGUCCAGCGAAGAAGAAGGUUGAGAAAUCCGUUGAUGGUCACAUAACUGAGAUCACAUACAAUGGCCGGCACAACCAUGCUCAACCAACCAAACAAAGAAAAGAUGGUUCUGCUUUGGAUAGUACAGACGGCUCCGGAGUUCAACCAGACAUUAGUACACAUGAUUGGACAGUAAUGAAUAGCUCGGAUGGGUCUUCUCCUUCUCAUUCUGAACAGGUUCCAAACCAAAUGGCAUCUGAACUUGUGAAAAAAGAAUGUGAUGAAACCAAAAGCAAUUUGAUAGAAGUAGAUGAGGGGCAUGAUGAACCAGAUGCAAAGAGAACGAAGAUGGCAGUUGAGACUCUAGCUUCAUCACAUGGCACAGUAGCUGAAUCCAAGAUUAUUCUGCAGACAAGAAGUGAAGUUGAUAUCUUAGAUGAUGGGUACAGAUGGCGAAAAUAUGGGCAGAAGGCGGUAAAGGGGACUCAACAUCCAAGGAGUUACUAUCGUUGCACAUAUGCUGGAUGCAAUGUCCGCAAACAAGUCGAGAGGGCUUCAACUGAUCCAAAAGCUGUCAUAACAACAUAUGAAGGCAAGCAUAAUCAUGAUAUUCCUACUGUUAUUAGGAAUAGAGGAACGAGGAAUACAGCCAAAGAUACUUGGCGUUGAGAACAAAAGAAACUGUAAUUUGGAAACUUUCAGUUCACGAAAAUAUUUUGGUUUUUGGAAUCACCAUUGAAAUACUUGUGUGUGAAAGGAUUGCAGCAUAAGUAGCUUUACCAAAAGUAAAAGGGUGAAAGGAUUUAGUUUGAGCUUCUUACUUCUGUACAAAAGGCUGAUAGUAAGAUCUAUCCUUGUUGAAAACCACAUGCUGGUCCCAUGAAUUUGUUGGUUGGGUUUUAGAAAUAUUGUAACUUCAAUUGAUCAUGAUAAGUUAACUAAUAAAUAUUAUUGGUUGAUACUAUUAAUAUCAUAUUAUUAAUUCCUUGAUCCA